GCGGGCCGCCUGGACCGAGUAGUCCCACGGCAACCCGCGUCGCGUUUACCGCCAUCUUCUCAGACUCGUACGAGACGUUUGUCUGCUUACUUUGUACGCUAGUCCUGUAAAGUAAACCCCGUGCGUAUGAGGCUUGAAUAAUGUGAAGCAGUGGCGGCUGGUGCGAAAAAUUUUGGGGGGGGGGGCGCAACGUACCUUGGCGCAGCCCACCUGACAGCUGCUGUAAUGGCCACAGAGUUAUUAAGAAGGACCCGUGUAGCCUAGAGAUUCGAUCAGGGCUCGCAGACGGGGGAUGAUUGACAGUCGAUACGAGGCGUCGUGGUGGGUGCGAACGUGAUUGACAAGCCACGAGAACUGUCCAAUCACAUGAGAUCCAAAAACAUUAAAACGAUACCGAUCCGCUGCCGGUAAGAGUGGGCGUGUCUGGGGCGGCACAGAACAGCGCCCCCUGGGAAACCUGAAGAAACCAAUCAGACAGCAGCCUCAGGUCACCUGCUCGCCACACGUUUGAGGGCUUUACAUAAGGUCAGUGUGAUGAGUCUACCAUGAAUUGUGCACGCCGCCUGUCAGGGUUUCAGGGUCUUAAGGUCCUGCUCUCCUCGGUCAGAUGGGCCCACCAGUAUGCUGCCCUACUCCAGUCAUCCUCCGCCAUGGUAACGUCAGUGGGGGUACUGUGCAACACACAUGGCCAGAUGCCGAAGCACUUCCACGGCAGUCCAGCCUAUGCCAAGAAGUCGGUUACGGCUGCCGACUUCAGAAAGGAUGAUGAGGGGAAAAAGGAUAAGUCACUGGUCAUUCAUGACGACCUGUUUGAACGAGCGGCCAGGGAAACCAAAACGAAGGCCACCUUCAAUAAAGUGGUGAAUGCCUUCAUCAAAAGAGAUAUCAGACGUCGUGGUCAUGUUGAGUUUAUUUAUGCUGCCCUGAAGAAGAUGCCAGAGUUUGGUGUAGAGAAAGACCUAGCUGUCUACAAUAAGCUCUUGGACGUUUUCCCCAAAGAGGUGUUUGUCCCCAGGAACUAUAUCCAACGCAUGUUUAACCACUAUCCUCGGCAGCAGGAGUGUGGAAUUCAGGUGCUGGAGCAGAUGGAGAGCUAUGGUAUAAUGCCCAAUGUGGAGACUAAGGUCCUGUUGGUCCAGAUCUUUGGAGAGAAAAGCCACCCCAUGAGGAAGUUUCAGCGCCUGAUGUACUGGUUCCCCAAAUUCAAACACACAAACCCCUACCCGAUCCCAUAUCAACUGCCCGAAGAUCCCGUUGACCUGGCUCGAUUUAGCCUGACACGUAUCGCCAGUGACCUAGAUGCAAAGGUCACCGUCUACCAGAUGCCCUUCACAGACAUCACGGAGGCUGGAGAGGAGAUAUCACAUCCAUAUAUUGUAGGUACCCAAAGUCCAGACCAGAUAGAGCUGCUGGCCAAGCAUGACGCCAGCAGGCCAGUGUUUGUGGAGGGACCCUUUCCUCUGUGGCUCAGGAAGACUUGUGUAUACUACUACAUCCUCAGGGCUGACCCACUGCCACCCGAGGAAAAGGUGGAGGAGCCCUAUGAUCCAGAGAGGUGUUUCGACUACCCUCUCCAGCUGGACCUGGAUUUGGAGCGGGACCUGGGAGAGGAAGAGGAAUUUGAUGUUGAUGACUUGGAUGAGGGUCCAGUAUUUGCCUUGUGCAUGACCAGCCACGGAGACCAGGCCACCCUCAACCAGUGGAUCUCUAACCUACAGCAGACAAACCCCAUCCUGGGUCGUGUCCCCACCCUCUUCCGCCUGGACGCAGGCCAGCGGGAGGUCCAGAGGGUUGUGGACCCUGGCCCAGACCACGGCUACCAGAAAGACUCGGAGACGGACACCAAGGGAAGGGAGGAGCAACGGUUUGAACAGCAAGCUGAGACGGACAAUUUUGUGGAAGAAAAGCCACAACAAAGCCAAAGGGUAAAGCAGUGAACAGCCUCAAGGACUAGGACCAACAGAAGAAACUGGCCUGUUGUAUGUGUGUCCUUCACCGCGGGGAUUCUCUUUUUUUUCUAUUCUUAUGUCAUUCUAAACCCUUUUUAGUGUAAGUUCAGAAAUGUGGUGAACAAAGAAUGUUACGAGGAAUCAAAGAGAAUAAUCCUGUCUUUGUUAUGUGUCUCACAGCUGUCGUCAGCCCCUGUAAAGAAAAAGGGCAGCAUAGGUGAGGUUGUAUGACUAUUGUCCGUAAUAGAUAUCUAAUUUGAUGCGCUUUAAUUCAACAAGAAGUUCCACAAGAAAGUCUGCGCUAAGACUCUUAGAGGCAGUAAAGAGUGUCAGAAUAUCUCAUUUCUCUCUAAAUAAACACUU